AUGGCUGCUGGUACUCAUGACGAUAGCGAUCCUGAAAAGGGUACGGCGAAAGCCUCCGCUCAAACCAAGGGCGAUCAUGGCCUAGGUAUUGCUGCAAAGCGUCGAAUCCGAUAUUUUGACGACCAAGAUGAGAUCCAGCCGGUUGAUCCUUUUCCUGGAAACAACAAUGGCAAACUCAAAAGAAAGGGCUCAGCCUACUCUAUCCACUCUCUGUCCAGCAUCAGGAGUGGCCAACGGGUGGUUGAUCCUGCCUCUGCCCUCCCUGUUUUGUACCGAACUAUGAGUAUGGAUCUGGCACGGACCCAAGAGAAAUCGGAUGUGAUGAUCAAAAAGACGGAAAUUGGAGACAAGGCUAUGGCAGAGCUAGGAGAACUCGAAUGGCACACUCUAUCUAUCCAAGAAGUUACCAACCGACUGGAUACCUCCAUCGAAACUGGUCUCUCAACCCAGGGAGUCAAAGAUAAAACGGCAGAAUUCGGUGCAAACACUCCAACACCGCCGAAAUCACAAUUGUUUCAGAAAAUAUUCUUCUAUCUCUUUGGAGGCUUCGGCUCCAUCCUCUUUGGUGGAAGCAUUCUUGUCUUUGUCUCAUGGAAACCACUUGGUGAACCGGCUCCUGCAGUGGCCAACUUAGCCUUGGGUAUUGUCCUGGCUAUUGUGUGGUUAGCGCAAGCCGCUUUCAAUGCCUGGCAAGAUUUCUCCUCCUCGAGGGUGAUGAAGAGUAUUACGGGUAUGCUUCCUGAAGAUUGCAGUGUUCUUCGUGAUGGGAGCAAGAGAUUGGUGCCUGCAUCUCAAGUGGUUCCUGGAGAUCUUCUCUUUUUCAGUGCCGGCAAUAAGUUGCCCGCUGAUGUUCGGUUCGUCAGUGUGUCCACUGAUGCCAAGUUUGACAGAAGCAUCCUUACGGGUGAAUCUGAUCCUCUGUCUGCAGUGACUGAGUCUAUGGAGAGCAACUACCUCGAAACUAAAUGCAUUGGAAUGCAGGGCACUCAUUGUACAUCUGGAAGUGGCCUGGGUAUUGUCGUUGCUACUGGGGACAAUACGGUUUUCGGCCAUAUCGCGAAACUGACAAACAAGCCCAAGUCUGGCCAAACUCCCCUACAAAAAGAGAUUUUCAGAUUUGUCCUCAUUAUCGCAACCUUGAUGAUACUCAUGGUUGUAGUCAUUGUUGCUUUGUGGGCCGGCUUCAUUCGUCACAAGUAUCCCGAUUAUAUCUCAGUAUCAACGUUAAUCGUGGAUUGUGUCAGUGUGGCCAUUGCCUUUAUUCCUGAAGGUCUGCCAAUAGCUUUAACAGCUUCACUCACAAUUACCGCGGGAAUUAUGAAGAAGAACAAUAUCCUCUGCAAAUCUCUCAAGACCGUUGAGACCCUCGGCACCGUUUCAGUUCUACUAUCGGAUAAAACUGGGACUCUAACCAAGAACCAAAUGGCUGUAACAGACUGCCUCAUUGGCUCCAGCGCUUUGACUGCCACAGAAGCCAUUCAAGAAGUUGCAGAGGAAUCUACUUCACGCAAAAAGGCUGCUCUUACGCAGCUUCGUGUCACUUCUGCAGUGUGCAAUGCUGGAGAGUUUGACCCAACGACCAUCCAUCUUCCCAUCUCCGAUAGGAAGAUCAUCGCUGAUGCGACAGAUCAAGCCAUUCUUCGCUUAUCGGAAUCGCUGGGCCCCGUCAAUAAGUCUCGCGACUUAUGGAUUAAACGAUUUGAUCUCGCAUUCAACUCAAAGAAUAAGUUCUCCUUACGCGUCAGCUCUCCCAGCGUCCCCUCUGCCCUGGAAUCCACACUUUCUGCUUCCGAAAUUAGUGGCUUUGAUGCUCAAAAGGAUUACAUUUUGAUGAUCAAGGGUGCACCGGAUAUUCUACUCUCUCGGUGCACAAAGUAUGUUGGCGGCGACGGCGAGGUGCACAAUUUUGACGAAACUACUCGCGCGUCUAUUGAGGCAAUCAAAAACUCAUGGUCAAGCCAAGGUAAACGUGUUUUGGCCCUUGCACGCAAGUCUCUUCCUGGCACCGAGAUACAAUCGAAUCCAGAAGAGAAUUCGUUCGAAAAAGAAGCUCUCGAACUUGCGCGUACAGGCCUCACGCUGAUCGGACUCGUGGGCAUCGUGGACCCCCCGCGCGAAGAAGUUCCCGGUGUAAUUGAGACUUUGCACCGGGCUGGUAUCCGCACUGCCAUGGUUACGGGAGAUUUUCAGCUCACGGCUCAAGCGAUUGCUCGCUCUUGUGGUAUUAUCAGCGUUUCGGACCGCGAGGUUCACAGCGUCGAUAAUCUUCCACGCGUGCCUCCCAAAAUUGAGCCCAGAAAGAAUCACAAAUCCAAUCAUCUGCCAGUCGAAACCAAGGCGAUUGUAUUGACUGGCCAAGACUUAAUGACGCUGCUUCCACACCAGUGGCACACUUUGGUAACAGAGUAUUCGGAAAUUGUGUUUGCUCGAACUACGCCGGAGCAUAAACUCCAAAUUGUACGGGAAUUCCAAUCGCAUUCUUACGUCGUGGCCAUGAUUGGAGAUGGAGUGAACGAUGCUCCCAGUUUGAAGCAAGCAGACAUUGGUAUAUCGCCUGCAUCUGGCUCCGAUAUUGCCAUUGAGGCUGCAGACAUGGUCUUGUUGGAUACAUUCUCUGCUAUUCCCGAAGCUGUGCUCUACGGUCGCGUAGUAUUCGACAAUCUUAAGAAAACGAUUGCUUACCUGCUACCGGCUGGCUCUUGGUCCGAAUUUUGGCCAGUCUUUACAAAUGUUGCCUUUGGUCUGCCCCAAAUUUUAUCAUCAUUUCUCAUGAUCAUUAUCUGCUGCUUCACAGAUUGUGCUGCCGCAAUCUCCUUGGCUUACGAAAAGCCCGAGGCAAAUCUCAUGCUUCAGCCUCCUCGGGACGUUGUAAAUGACCGCCUUGUCGACUGGAAACUUCUCCUCCAAGCUUACGGUUUUGUUGGUACAUUGGAGACAGUUCUCUCAUUCACAAUGUCGUACUGGUACCUCCAGCGAAACGGGUUGACUUUCACAUCGUUGUGGUUCUCAUUCGGCUCAAUUCCGACUCCCGACGGACAAACCGCUGACGAUGUUGCCACGCACUUGACAGUCGCGUCUUCUGUCUAUUUUAUCACCUUGGUGGUAAUACAGUGGUUUAAUGCAAUGGCACUACGCACUCGCCACCUCUCAAUUUUCACACAUCCACCACUCUUUAAUCCUGCUACUCAGAACUGGCUCCUUUUUCCUGCUAUCUUGUUUGCCCUUGUGAUCGCUUUAAUAUUCACGCUGGUUCCUGACAUUACUUAUCUUGGCUGUGCCCCAGUUCCGGUUGAACAUUGGUUUAUUCCUAUGACUCUAGGUCUUGGCUUAUUGUGCAUUGAUGAGCUUAGGAAAAUGGUAAAGAGAAGGUACCCUAGAGGAUUCAUCGGGAGAAUGGCUUGGUAG